AUGGACGCGUCUCCCUUGUCUGGUGAUAAUGGACACAAAUUCGUGGGCGCUCCAGAGGGAGUGGAUGUGACUGGUGACUAUGGCACCCCGAGCCUCCUCUUCAUCUACUACAAUCAGCCGGUCUCCGACAAGCAUCGCAAGGCGGUGCAGGAGUUGAGACAUGACUUAGAGACCUGGAACGCCUUUGAACUUGGGCGUGUAGAAUCCCAGGUCAAUGAAUUGAUGCAGAAGGGGAAUCUUCCAACCGAUGACUACAACGAAUCGCGCGUCAGACGUACUGACUAUCGCAGCAAGGCGAUUCAGUAUUUGCGCAAGGAGCACGAAUCCUGGCUGGUGGAAGCCGACAAAAAGGAAUUUACCGUUGAGCUGAAGACCGACGAGAAGCAUAUGAACAAGAAGGUCGAACAGGAGCUGCGCGGGCGGCUGGAAUCCAAGGAAAACCUACCGGCGCAGUUUGGCGUUGUCUUGCGCAUCAUCAACCGCAUCAUUGCUGCACGCAAGCAAGACGACAUGCAGCAGUACCAUUUCACCAAUGUGGAAGUGUGUGCUGAUGGCAGGGAAAAUCCUGUGGUCAAGUCAACAAUGUUCCGGGUCUACGAAGAGGGCGGGGAGGAUGAGAGAGGAUCUGUCAAAGUCAAGAUCGACUAUGUCAACCAUCGUUGCCAGUUCAACAGGGAGCAUUGGGCCAGGGCACGACACAACGUCGAGGACUUCAUCAAAGAAGGAGAGAAAAUCCGCCGGGCUAUGACAUUGAACUUUUGUGUGGAUGCCUAA